AUGCAGCCCAACCAUAUCUCAGAUCCGAACGAACCGUUCCCUAAGCCACAGGCGCUCGCCUCGGCCACAACGACACACUCGCAAAGCAGAUUCCGCAUCUCGACCCGCAAGCUACCCAUCUCCAAAGCCGGUACAAUCGACGCACUCACCGAAAAGAUUGGCAUUCCGAUGCCCGAGAUGAUAUUUGGCGAAAACGUCGUCGGAAUUGAACAUGUGCCUUCAGGCUGGUCCCUGAACUUCAACACUCCAGAUGCCCUUGACGCCGUCGACAAGACAGAUCGCCACAUGCUCAAGGUUGCAUAUGCCCGAGACUGGGAGAGCACCCGAGAAGGCACCACACAGGGUAUAAAGGAAGUUGUGAAGCCCUACGACUGGAGCUACUCGACGACAUAUACCGGUAGUAUCGAAGCCUCGGCUUUGCAGUUUGCGCCUACCGACAAGGUGAUCCCUAUUGAGCUCCUGAAGCGUCGAGACCCCAUCCUGUUCUUUGACGAAGUUAUGCUGUAUGAGAGUGAGCUGGACGACAACGGCAUAUCCAUUUUCAGCGUCAAAGUCCGAGUACACGAGAAGCGCAUGCUUUUGCUGUGUCGGUUGUUCAUGCGCCUGGAUAAUGUUGUCCUGCGGAUACGUGACACCAGGGUUUAUGUCGAUUUUGAGACUGACGAGGUUAUUCGCGAAUACUCGGCGCAAGAAGAGACCUACGAGAACGUCAAGAGGGCCCUGCAGAAACUUCUCAUGUCUGGAAGACUCCCAGACGACAUUACAAUCGCACUGAGAGAUCCCAACGUCCUAGCUCCACUGCUGCCGCUUGUAGAGCAUCGGGCAGAAGCUGUCAGCCCAAGUGCAUGA